UGCUAAAACAACUCUCAUUUUGAAUAUGAGGGAGUACUAAUAACUGAGCACCAUGCAAUUUUGAAUUUGAAGUAUAACCUAUAAACCCCACUCAGAGCCAAAACCCUAACCAAACCAUGGCUUCUUCUUCUCCAUCCUCCAAAUCCCAAUUCUCCGUCUAUCAAAACCCUAAUCUAUCCGCAGUCCUCACCUCCAACAGUCUUCAACCCUCCAAUUUCACUCUCAUUUCCAUCCUCUCCUUCUUCUCCGCUUCCGCAUUCGCCUUUCUCACCAUCAUAUUCAGGGAAAAUGGAUUCAUUGAUAUCUUCAAACUCCAAUCCGUUUCCCCUUUCACAGCUUAUUGGCUUGUCAAGACACUACAAACUCUAUUGGGUUUUCUCUUCAUUGGAACUUUCUUAGCACUCUUCAAAGUUGUGUUUCUGCGUAAAACUAGGUAUAGUGGAGGUGUUGUUGCACCUAAUUCUAACCAAGCUAAUAAGAAUCAAAUGUCUCUUACUAAACAUCAGUUAGAGCUUUUAGGAGUCAAGGCGAAAGUUGAUUUGGUACAGUCGGAGUCGGCGAAAAAGCCUCCGAAAGCUAAACCGCAGUCGGCAGCUUCUUCCGAGUUGCUUGUUCCGCUUCAUCAGCCAAUUUCGAGUCCUAGCCGUCGUGUUGAUUCGGAUGGUUCGAAUUCUAAUAGGGGUGCUCCAGGUCGUUCUAUUAGUGCUCUGUCGAGGUCGCCCGGUUCGGCGUCUUUGUAUCUUUCUCGCGGAGUUGUUUCGUCUGCGCAGGGUUCGGGGGGAAUGGAUUCGGUAGUGUCGAGUCCUUGGUCUAAUAGGAGGGUGUCUUCUGGUAGUAAGAUAACAUCAGAGGAAGGGCUGGAGCAGUUCUUAGCUGAAGUUGAUGAAAGAAUAAUGGAAUCUGCAGGGAAGCUGUCGACUCCACCACCUUCAGUUCCUGGUUUUGGAAUAGCGAGUCCUAAUACAGUUACAGGGUCGGCUAAUAACUCUGGAGCUAAAAGACGUACGCCAUUGAGACCUGUGAGGAUGUCUCCGGGCUCCCAGAAGUUUAAUACUCCGCCUAAGAAGGGAGAAAGUGGUGACCUUCCUCCACCAAUGUCCAUGGAAGAAGCAGUUGAAGCUUUUGAUCAUUUCGGUGUCUAUCCUCAAAUUGAGCAGUGGCGUGACCAACUCAGGCAAUGGUUCUCUUCAGUUUUGCUUAAUCCUUUGAUUCACAAGAUUGACACAAGUCAUGUUCAGGUUAUGCAAGCAGCUGCCAAACUUGGUAUUUCAAUUACAGUCAAUCAAGUGGGCAAUGAUACGCUGUCUACAGGAACCGCAGCUACACUGCCAUCAAUUGAUAAGACUCAUGACUGGCAACCUACAGUUACCCUAAAUGAAGAUGGAUUGCUUCAUCAGUUGCAUUCUACUCUUGUGCAGGCCAUAGAGGCUUCUAAAUCCAAUUCGCAACAACCCCCACAGCAAAGUCAGUUGGUUUCUGUCAUGCAGGACUGUGUUGAUGCUAUCACUGAACACCAAAGACUUCAAGCUUUGGUUAAAGGGGAGUGGGUAAAAGGCUUGCUACCUCAAAGCAGUGUUCGAGCUGAUUACACUGUGCAAAGGAUCAAAGAGCUUGCGGAAGGAACCUGCCUGAAGAAUUAUGAGUAUCUUGGCAGCGGUGAAGUUUAUGAUAAAAAGAAUAAAAAAUGGACACUUGAGCUACCAUCUGAUUCUCACUUGCUUUUGUAUCUGUUUUGUGCUUUCCUAGAACAUCCAAAAUGGAUGUUACAUGCGGAUGCUAUGUCUUAUGCCGGAGCGGCUCAGUCUAGCAAAAACCCCUUAUUCUUGGGAGUCCUUCCUCCAAAGGAAAGAUUUCCAGAGAAAUACAUUUCCGUAGUGUCUUCGGUCCCUUCCGUGUUGCACCCGGGAGCAUGUAUACUAGUAGUUGGAAAGCAGGGUCCACCGAUUUUCGCCUUGUACUGGGAUAAGAAGCUGCAGCUUUCUCUUCAGGGAAGAACAGCACUUUGGGAUUCCAUCUUGAUUUUGUGUCAUAAGAUUAAAGUUGGGUAUGGAGGUAUAGUUAGGGGUAUGCACCUUGGUGCUUCAGCUUUAAGCAUUCUACCGGUUAUGGAGACAGAAACUGAAGAUUGAGACGUGUAUAGUUAACAAACUAUGAUCUUUUCCCCAACGUUCUACGCAAUGGCUUCUAUUAAUGCAGGAAAUCACAUUUCUCAGAUUUAGGCAUUUCAGCAAAGAACUUGUUGGAGGUGAAUUCCACAACUGAUAGAAUUGUGUCAUGUUGGUUAUAGUUAGCAAUGCUAGAGGCCAUCACAACUGCACCCUGUUAAAAAUCAAAUCCAGAUGUCUCACGAUAUAAUUUGUACUAAAAAUCAAAUUCAAAUAGGUCACUGACACCCCUUAGUCCUUAAAGGUGUUACGACUUUAUGAUAUUGGUCACUGACAAAAACCGAAUUACUAAUAAGUUUUUCAAUGUUUAUUCUGUUAGUCACUCUAA